UCCCCAAAUCCUGGUUUCUUCACCUCACAGGCCGAGGACAAGGAGAUAAUCCUGUGUGCCAUCCGGACAUGCAGCCGCCUCUUCGGAGCUUUACUCACACGGGGCGAACUCUUUGUGGGCAAACUUCCCCCUGAGGAAGACUCUGUCCAAGGAAAUUACAGCGCAGAAGAGAAAUAUAAAAUUUGGAUGAGACAUCGCUACAACAGCUGUACCACUUGUCUGGGGGAACUGAUGGCACACGAAGCUUUCCAGGUCAAAGAAAUGGCUCUUUGUACUCUGAUGAAAUUUGUUGAAUUGGAAGCUAAACACCCUUUGGUCAAGAACGAAUGGAGUUUCAAUUUCCCGCGGGAGCUUUUACAAGUAGUGGUGGAGGGUCUAAUCCAGACUGAUCAGAAUUCCUCGCUCCUAAUCUCGCGUUUCCAGGAAUACAUGGAACACGAUGACGUCCGGUUCUUUGUGAUGAAGGCGGUGGCUGAAAACCUGGGCACCGUGAUGCCUAAGGCCAAACAGGCUCCUUUUCCGAUUUACCAAAAGAAUGCCUUCACUCUCAUUUCAUCCAUCAUCAUGCCGAGUGAAGAAAGCGAGAUAAAAAAAUUUCUAGUGAAUAACGCUAAUCAGGAGGAAUGGAAAGUGUCCAAACUAAAGGAACACAGACGGGCUUUUGAGAGGAUGUGGCUUGGAUUCCUGAAAUAUAAGCUACCUGGAAGCCUGUACAAAAAAGUGCUGGUCAUUCUACAUGACUCCAUCUUGCCCCACCUGAACGAGCCCACCCUUUUGAUGGAUUUCUUGACCGUGGCUUACGAUGUUGGUGGAGCCAUCAGCCUUCUUGCCUUGAAUGGACUGUUUGUUUUGAUUCUCCAACAUAACCUGGAAUAUCCAGAUUUCUACACAAAACUCUACAGUCUUCUGGACCCCUCUAUCUUCCACGUAAAAUACCGCGCUCGGUUCUUCCGUUUGUUGGACUUGUUCUUGUCUUCGUCGCACUUGCCGGCAUAUCUGGUGGCAGCCUUUGCCAAACGCCUCUCCCGCCCGGCGCUCACCACCCCGCCUGAUGGUUUGCUGAUUGUCAUUCCGUUCAUCUGUAACCUCUUGAGGAGGCAUCCAUCCUGCCUGGUGCUCAUCCACAGGCCCAACGGCCCAGCAGAGAUGCCAGAUGAUCCUUAUAAGAUGGAUGAAAAGGACCCCUUGGAAAGCAGGGCUAUGGAGAGUUCCUUGUGGGAAAUAAAGACAUUGCAGAACCAUUAUCAUCCUGACGUCGCUAAAGCUGCGGAAGAAAUUAACCUGCCUCUCUCCCAGAUGGAACAGGAUUUGUCCAAGAUCCUAGAGUUGACAUCCUUUGAGAUAUUUGAUAGGGAUAUUAAGAAAGAAUCGAAGGAUGUUCCAUUGGAAUAUCAGCAACCCCGAGGCCUCUUUGGAAAAAAAGACGAUCUCUGCGCAGAAUAUUUUUCACUGGAAUGACUGCAGGGGGUAACAGAACACAAUAAAUACCUUCUUUUUUAAAAAAAAAAAAAAGUCUAAAGUGUUAUGCACUGCAAUCCUUGAUGCUCUUAAGAUUGUGGGUGUAUUUCUUCUUUUUUUUUAAGUUUAAAAAAUACUUCAUUUGAACACAAAAG